AUGCUUCUAUCUCGUUUUCAUGAAGCAAAGCAAGUGGGAACACUCUAUCAUUUUCUGAAUUUUCUUCUAUCUGUUGCUUUUCUUUGUGCCAAAGGCAUUCCUCAGAUAUGUCCGUGGAUCUUCACCGGUGACAAAGAAUGCGGUAUUGAUCCGCGCGAACGUGAGAUCCUUGUAUUUUUGGCGGUAAUUAUUGCUUGGAAAGGACGAAAAGCGACGAACUGGUUACAUUAUAUCAACAACAUAUUUCUCUUCUCCAAAAUCGCUAACAUUGCUCUAUUUUUUCGUGCCGAUGCACUAACUGGCAUUCUUUACCUCAUGGCAGUUGUCGUUGUUACUAUAUUGGCGCCAGAACCAGUAUACUCAGGUCCGGAAAAGAUCACAUAUUUUCAAGGUUCAGAACUAUUUCAGGAAUUAGACAGGGACCGCAAGUUCAAUCUUCCAAAUUUGCGCUUUGGAAAACUUGACGUCGGACGGUGGCCAAAAGAGGCAGACCGGUUCCGCGUCAAUGCGCAUCCAACAUCUCGUCAGUUGCCUACAAUUUGUGUGUUCAAAGACGCCAAGGAACUAAAGCGUCGGCCACUAGUUAGCGAGAAGCGACGAGCCAUCCCAUUCGUUUUCACUCAGGAAAACUGCAUACUGGAUUUCGAUCUUCUGAAUAUAUACAACGAGUGUUUGGAACGUCUGUCAACCAAAGAUAGACGGGAAAAUAAUGAUGAUAGGAAGACACGGUGA